AUGACCUAUCAUACUACUACACUGUACCAUAGGCGACGACUUCAUGGAGCAACACAAGUAGAAACACAAACGGAUCCGUUUCCAAGAAUCACGCGGAAAUCUACGGCCAUCGUACCACUUACAGCUCCAUUUACACUCACAGGAAACCAAACUGCAUUAACCACAGCCGGCACAGAAAGUGAAAUCAACAACUUCAGUCAGAAAAUACCAAAAUCUUUCCGCGAUGCAACCCACAGACACCAAAACCAAAAUAAACACUCUUCCGAAGAUCCAACCUAUACCUCAUCAAACAAAGAAACAAACAUAGAAGAAGGUUUCCAAAACUUGGCAACUCCCUUCCUCAACGGUAUUUUCUUAACCACCAAACCGCAUUACUGCGCAAGGCUCGCUCUCAUUUAUUCUUUACAUAAACAACAUCCAAGCAUCCAAAUUCCCACUUACCGGCUUAUGCCGAUAUUAGCUACAAUAAUAUUUCUGCAAAUGGAAACUCAUAGUUUACUCAGCCAAGGCAUUAGUUACACUUUUACCGACAGGAAACCCAAGUCCACUGACCAAGUUAUCAUAGCAUAUCAAAGCAUCUCAUGGACAUCCACGGUCAAAUACCAUAGCAUACAUCUAUAUACAAGACUACAUCAGCAAAUCUGGCUUACUCUGCUGUUAACAGAUUGUAUCCGUUAUUCUCAAAAAAAAAUGGAAAACCAAGAAAAAAGUACUCUCAUACAAAUCAUGCCGUGCAGACCGAUAUGGCCAUCGAAACUGAGCUGCAGUAGCUAA